AUGACUGGAUCAAUCAAAGACAACGCUGCGUUAUACAAAAAGAAGACGUUCACUUAUGUGCCUCCAGCAUCGCCCGCGGAUCUGAUUGACUGCAGCAAUUUCAUCCUCAACUUCACAGGCCGUAAAUUUUUGAAUGUAGGGCUCGAUCCUACAGAUGACUUAAGCACCAUAGUACAAGUAAUUACUCCUUCGCGAUAUGUAAAUAUUCCAGCUGAUUUUCUACGACGUAUAUUCUCACUUAUGGGGAACAUUUUAUCUUUUAUACUCAACCCACCACAAAAAUACAAGCGAAAUUUAUUUCUGGAAACAGAAAUUAUUUCUCUGUCUAGUAUGGUGUAUCAAGGGGAAAACAUGCUUGUUAUCGAAUCAAAAACACAAGCCGGGUGUCAAGUAUUGCUAAAUCGUACAGAUUUAAUGAAAUUACAAUAUUUAGAAUGGAGUAUUUUCGAAACAGUCGUUCGAAAGUCGACCAUCAUACGACCAGUCGUCUUAAAGCAGUUUGAGACUAUUGCUAAUUAUUUAGACCAGGAAUUUACCAAUGUGAAAUCGCCUCCAAAAACAAAUGAAGAAAUGAUCAUUUUUAUCAAAAAUUUAAGCGACAAUAAAAUUAUUGGAUCCACUCCUAAAGAAGACAUGAAUUUCAUCAGUCAACUCAAAAUAAAUGCAACUAUUCAAUUAACCGAACGUUGGGCGCAAUCUUUGUACGGAGAAAACUCACCAGAGGUUUUUUUAAAAUUAUUUUAA